AUGGCGUCUCGAUUGACUCGACACCGUAAGAAAACAAUUUUAUGUAUACUAAUGAUGAUAAUGGAUGAUCAUCCUUCGGUUACAGUUGAAAGGAAAACUUGGGCUCGAAACUGGCUUUUAAGACGGACUGAACUAGGUGCAUAUCAUACAAUUUUUCGUGAAUUAUCUGUAGAAGAUACAGCAGGGUUCAGCGAAUUUAUGAGGAUGCCAUACUCUAAAUUUACUGAAUUGGUCGAACUAAUAAGCCCUAUAAUAGCAAGGUGUGAUACUAUUAUGAGGGAAGCUAUUUCACCAGGUGAGCGAUUAGCGAUAUGCAUAAGGUAUUUGGCUACAGGCGAGACAUUCCGUUCGUUAUCGUUUCAGUUUCGAAUUGGAAGGACAACUAUAUCUGAAAUUGUCCUAGACGUCUGCACAGCUAUUUUUAAUGAACUGGGAAAAUCCCACUUGCAAACCCCAAACAGUACUGAAAAAUGGAAGGAAAUCGCUGGAUUAUUUUUAUCAAGGUGGAAUUUACCAAACAAUAUUGGGGCAAUUGAUGGCAAGCGUAUUUUGAUUCAAAAACCAGCACAUUCAGGAUCACACUUUCACGAUUACAAAAGUAAUGAAAGUAUUAUUGCGCUAGUUGUUGCCGGGCCUAACUACGAGUCCCUGUAUGCGGAUGUUGGGACAAAUGGUAGAAAUCCAGAUGGGCAUGCUUGGAGUAGAUGCACAUUAAAGAAAGCUCUGGACAGUGCAAUAAAUCCCUUAAAUUUACCAGCUCCAUGUACACUUCCUGGGCGGUCAGUUCCUGUCCCAUUUGUUCUUACAGGAGAUGAAGCAUUUCCAUUGACAACUUAUUUAUUAAAGCCUUAUCCAAAUAAAAAUCUCACAGUAGAGCAAAGGAUUACCAACUACCGCAUUUCAAGAGGCAGAAGAAUAUCUGAAAAUAUUUUAGGUAUUUUGGGAAAUAGGUGGCGCUGCUUUCGUGUUCCAUUUUUAUUGGAACCAGAAAAGGUAAAGAAAAUAACAUUGGCCAUCCUUGUUUUGCAUAACUGGCUAAGAGCUGAUGCCAGAAGCAGUGCUGUCUACUGUCCUUCGACCCUUAUAGACAAUGAGAAUUGUGACACCGGAGAAAUUAUUAAAGGAACUUGGAGAGCAGAUACCACCUCAGAAUCAUUUUUAGAUUUACAACCAACUAUUUCCAGAAAUAGCACAAGUAAAGCUAAACAGAUGAGAGAGGAUUUCAAUGUAUGGUUCAAUAAUGAGGGAGAUUUGCCAUGGCAAAGACAAAAGUGUGGAUUGUAA